GGCAGGACCGGAAGUGAGGGGGCCGGGCCGAGGGGAUCUGCCACCGCUGCGGCCCGCUGCUGUCCGACGUUGUCGCCGACCCCGGCCCCAUCAGCCUGGCCCAUGGCCACCUACCCUUAUCGACCGGGUCCCGGGGGCGGCCCUGGCCCCGGCGCCGCCGCCGCCCUCCCGGACCAGAGUUUCUUGUGGAAUGUCUUCCAGCGGGUUGAUAAAGACAGGAGUGGAGUAAUUUCUGACAAUGAACUUCAACAGGCACUGUCCAAUGGCACAUGGACUCCCUUUAAUCCAGUAACUGUCAGGUCAAUCAUAUCUAUGUUUGACCGGGAAAAUAAAGCAGGAGUGAACUUCAGUGAAUUCACCGGAGUCUGGAAAUAUAUCACGGAUUGGCAGACUGUCUUUCGAACAUAUGAUAGAGAUAAUUCUGGGAUGAUUGACAAAAAUGAACUAAAGCAAGCAUUAUCAGGUGUGACCUGGCCUUGCAAAGAUUCGAACAGGACUCUGAAAGUCAAAAGCAGAUAUUUUGGUACCUGGAUUUUGUCUUCUGAAUCUGCUACCGGCUGUCUGACCAGUUUCAUGAUAUCCUCAUUCGGAAGUUUGAUAGACAAGGAAGAGGACAGAUUGCUUUUGAUGACUUCAUUCAGGGCUGCAUUGUCUUGCAGAGGUUGACAGAUAUAUUCAGGCGCUAUGAUACAGAUCAGGAUGGCUGGAUUCAAGUGUCUUAUGAGCAGUAUCUUUCCAUGGUCUUCAGUAUUGUGUAACGCCCACCUUUGGAGAAGCUGAGUAUGACUGUUAUGGAAAAUGGACUGGAAAUGCCAAAUCUGUUAUCAUGUCUUGUAAUGAAGAGAUUUACUGAUGCAACUAGCUAUUGUUUUUUUUUCCUCUUAUGUUGUUUUCCUGGACAGAAUCAAAAUAUAUAUGUGCAAAGCUAAUUAAUAUUCUGUAAUAGCAAUUAGAGCAUUAGGUGUAACUAGGUUUUGGGUCCUGUUGUGCCAUUAAGCAGAUGUUACACUUUUCAAUAUCCAGCAUGGAAUGCAUCAUUUGUUUUUUGUGGAAAUGCUCAAUUCUGUAGGGGAAAUGCUUAACAGAGAUUUAGGAGUUAUGGACUUCCAGAUAAGGCUUUUCAUGUGCCUUACUUUUUUAAAGACUUGAUUAUAUUCAUUUUAAAAUGGAAUGUAAGCAAUAAAGUGAAUGGUACAGAUGCUACAAA